AUGCUUCAGUACAAAUGUUGCACAUCCACAGUGACUCAAUCACUACGGGUGACCGAAGGAAACACGGCUGGCAAGUACUUAGGCUUACCAUCUCUCGUGGGAAGAAGGAAAAAGCAGAUCCUAGGGUUUCUAAAAGAUAGAAUCUUAGCAAAAGUGAGAAGUUGGAAUGCUAAGUUCCUUUCGAGAGCGGGGCGUGAGGUACUAUUAAAGAAUGUCAUCCAAGCAAUGCCUAGCUACGCGAUGAUGGUUUUUCUUUUGCCACUAGGAAUAUGUAAGGAUAUUGAGACCCUGAUGAAUGAGUACUGGUGGACUGGCACAAUGGAAAAUGGCAGGGGUUUAAGAUGGAGAUCUUGGACAGGCUUAACAGCCCCAAAAGCAGCCGGGGGAAUGAGCUUCCGAUCUCUGCGCGAGAUGAGUUUGGCUCUACUGGGAAAACAAGCAUGGAGAUUAGUUACAAAUCCCUCAUCUUUGGUAGCACAGGUUUACAAAGCUCGGUAUUACCCAAACUGUUCAUAUUUUGAUGCAAUUGCAUGUAGUAAUCCGUCAUUUAUUUGGAGGGGCUUAAUGGAGGUUCAAGACGUUAUCCAGGAUGGUUGUAGGCGGAGUAUUGGGAACGAGUAG